AUGGCAUGCUUUGAGAGGGUGUCGCCUGCACUCAAGGAGAUCCUGCUCAAGUUGUACCGUGCUGAGAAGCCUCUGGAGAUUGAUCAUCACAUGUAUGAAUUUGGGUCUGUGGAAUACCUUGUUCAGUCCUCAGCAGCUGAUCCACAACAUAACUACUUGUCAAUAUCAACUCCAUUACUGUCCCAAGGAGCCCUGCUAUCAGAUGGGUUGUCAUCAUACACUACACAGAUGGUAAAGCAAGUCUGUUCGGAUGCUGUGGAGGUUGUUGAACCUGCAAAAGAAGGAUAUCAGCUUACACUAAAGCUAAAUUUCGCUAAGGUUCCACGUGGAAAAGACUGUGAAAAAGUGAUUACACAAAUUUCUUCAGUGCAAGCAGUUAUACUAAGUUCCCAGCUGAAGGAAAUGUUGAGAAAUGUCAAUUCCCAGGAUCCAUCCCAAAGAAUGAAUAAGCCAAUUAAACUUGUCUAUCACCCAAGAGAGCCCUUCUAUGUCAUCAGACAGCCACAAAAAAUCACAGCAGUAUUCCCAAUGCGUUUUAAAGAGCAUUCAGAUGUGAUUAUCGCAACAGCAUUCUUUCAGGAACUCAUGGAUGUGGGUAGUUCAGAAAAAUGGGCUAAAGCACCACCAUGCACCUGGUCACCCAUUCCACCGCCAGAAUUGAGAGGAGAAACUUUAGAAGAUUUAAGCACCAAUGGAGGGUUUGUCUCUUUUGAUAUUUCUUCACAUCACGUUGAGGGUAAAAAAUUAGACAAAACUGUAUGGAGUCUAUUAAACUUCUAUGCCUAUGUGAAAAACCAUGUAAAGUGCACCAGAGGUUUCAUACAAAGAAGGAUGCAAAAGCGUUUGGAAAGUUUGGUUGAGGUCCUGCACAAGGAAAAAUUGGAAGAAAAUGGAGCUGUUAAAAAGGUUAAAGCAUAUGCAGAAUGCAGCUACGUUGGAAAAUUGGUCAGAUUAUCAAAACCAAAAAACUUCAAAAGAAGAUGUCGUGAUUUAACCAGGAAGAUCAAGCAAAUUCGUUUUCGGAUUAAAAUCCAUGGAUUUCGGCGUUUUCGUAGACGAUGGUUGACAUUCCCAAAGUUCUCUUCUCCACUGGGAUAUACGAAACUAGAAUAA